AUCUUAUAAAAUCAUUACUGCUCAGUAAGGGACCCUUGUUCGGUGCUGCCGCUUCUACCGCGCAUUCAGAGCGAGACCCACGGAUCCCUUCCAGCGCAGCAACCCGGGGUCACCACAAGAUAAUGAAGCUCUCCUGGCUCCUCUUAUCCCUCAUCGUGCUGAUGUCCGCACCUCGAGCAAAACCAGCAUCAGAUUCUUCGUGCAUUCACAAUGACGAGGAAUUUUUUAAACUCAUUGAAGGUGAAUCAUUUUACUUUGAAAUUGAGGACCCUAACCUGCCUGAUGAAAAUAUUACUUGGUACAAAGAUGGGCCGGAGAUACAGAAUAUUACCACAGAAGAGACACACAGGAUACAUUACCAUGGUGGAGCGCUCUUAUUCUUAAACAUCAGUGCUAUUGAUUCUGGUAAUUAUGCUGCAAGAGAAAUGACCCCCUCAGAUAAAUGUGUCUACCACCAUGUAAAAAUUGAAGUCUACAGUAAAAACAGUCGAGAGAAGGUCACCUAUGGAAGUAUUAAAAACUCUGACCAGAACAAGUUAAUUGAAUGUCCAGAUCCCGUUGAUUACAUUUGCAUGAAGUUUAAUGGAAACUUCACUUGGUUAAAGGGCAACAAUCUGCUACCUGGUCAUCAUGAAAACAAAUUGUGGAUCGAAAAUGCAGGAAAAAAAGAUGAGGAUAUCUACACCUGCGUAUGUACCUGGAUACACAAUCACAAGAUGUACAAAACCUCAGGUUCCAGGAAGCUUAUUGUUCUAGAUCGACCUGUCUAUCGUGAUGUAGAAAUCAUCUCUCCAACCAGCAAGGAGCAGUUGGCUAAUAAAGGCAUUAGCAUCAAGCUGAACUGUACAGUUUAUUGCGGGAUUAAUGCACAACGGGAAUGCAAAGCCAGCUGGUACAUUAAUAAUGAACAAGUAAACCAGAUGGAUGGAUACAGUGAAACCACCAAAUUAGAAAUCAAGUAUCCUUCGAACAACACCUUCUACACUGCAAUCCUGACCAUCAAACAGGUUUCAGCAGAAGAUUUUAAGCACAAGUUUAUGUGUAAAGGCUCUGGAUUUUAUUCCGCAAAUAAUACAACUGUAACCCUCAAGCAGAGAGAGUCGUGCAUUCCCCUCAUUAUAACAGGAAUAUGUGUGUUUUUUAUUGGUGUGUCUGCUGCUGCAGUGGUGAAAUACUUUGCCAUUGAUCUGGCUCUGUUGUUCAGGCCCUGCUUAUCACCAAGUAGAGGUAAUAAUGUUUCUGAUCAAACAGAUCGUUUGAAGAUGGUGGAGAGCUACAUUGAACAAAGCAGGAGGUUGAUUGUCAUCUUAACCCCAAAAUCAGGAUCUGAGGUGAUCAAAAAUCCAGCCUCAGACCAAACCUUGGUCAUUGGAGGAUUCGACUGGCAGGUUGGGCUCCACCAUGCACUGGUGCAGAGGGAGAUAAGUGUGAUUCUUAUUCAACUUGGGGAGACUGGGCCGCAAGGAUACAGGCAUCUUCCUCCAGGCCUGCAGCAUCUUAUCCGUAAGAGCGCCCCCAUCAGGUGGCCAGAGGGUUCACGGAAAGCUCUUAAAUGGAACUCGCACUUCUGGAAAAGAGUCCGAUACAUGAUGCCAGCUAGACCUGCAAAAAAAAUGGGUUUAUCUGCUGUAAUCUGAAGCUGCUGAACUUCAAAAUGCGCUUCAGAAAAAAAAAAAUUAAAUGUCAACUUUUUAUCAAAUGUAUAAAGAUAAAAGAUUUCAUUCUUCAAGUCUUUCAUGUGAAGUCAACAUUAAUUCUUCAUUACACACUGCAAGCAGAAGAAAAAGGGCGUAACAUAUUCAAUCAUUUAGGUUCAGUCUUUGUUGGUUGGGUUUUGAUUAAUUUUAUUCAAAUGGACCAGCGCAUAUUAAAGUGCUAUAUUUUUGUAAAUAUAUCAGAUCUCACAAAAUGCUCAUUUCUAUCCCUAUGCUUGCAUUUUCCUAAAUAUGCUGCAAAUACCAAAAGUGCUGAGAAAACAAAAAUUUGACUUAAAAACAAAUGCAAAAGGAAAAUGCCUCAUAAAAGAAUUCUAUAAUCACAGAAAAUUAAAUGUAGCAAAAUUGCUGCAAUUACAUAAACACAGUGCAAAAACAGAGCCUGCUGCAAAUACAUAAAUGCAGAUAGAAAGUGCUGCAAGUAGAAAUUUAACAAAAGUACUUAAAUUCUUCACAUGCAUUAUGUCACAAAUGAAAGUUUGUAUAGCUUACAUUUUAUAAUUUUUUUAGAUGGCUGUAACCCAGAUUUAAUCACUCAUGUGUUGUUGUUUUUUUUUUGUCAUAUACUGAUGUCUGGAAAGCUUAAGGUUUUUCAGAUUCAGCACAGUAAUCAGAAUAGCAUCCUUACUGUUGACCCAUGGAAGGAGGAGGUCUACAGUAAGUGUUUAAAAAAGGUAAACCUAGAAUUAGCCUGCCUACGGGAUAUGUUUGUGUUUGCAGGUCCUAUUUUUUGUCUGUAAGCAAAAUGUUUACCUUUAAAGUACUAUAUACCUCUAUACUAUAUAAUGGAUAUUUCUGUAGAAGUCUGAAGGCAUAAAAAGGCUCAUUAGCUUUUUCAAGGAUUGUAAAUAUUUUUGAUAUUAAAAGAUUUUUCAACUGUAUUUUUUUCAUUAUUCACAUAAGUAAAUGUUUUAAAGACUGUUUUAUUGUACAUGAAAAGACUUAGAGUUUAAUUUUUUUAUUUUGUACCGGUACACACAGAGUGUAUACAAAAAGAAAUUAAGUUCAGCUCUUGUACAUUUUCAUUUUUUAAAGUGCAGCAGUGAUAAAAGGUAAGAAGCAGUGAUAAUGUAAACAUAUGACUGUAUUUUAGUUACAGUUUCCAACAUUCAGGGGUUUUUUUUGUUUCUGUUUUUUUAUAACCCAAUUUAAAAAGCUACUAGCAUAUGAAAAGCUUCUUAAAGUAGUGUAUGUUUUUCUUUACAAAAAAAUGUGUACAUUAAAAUUAAUGUGUUAAAUAAAGCUAUGCGU